CAUAACACAUAAAUUAUUUGACGGAUCUAAACACCAAUUGACGGAUCUAUAACCCAUCAUCACACCCACACUCCAUCUUCACCGUCCUCCCGCUGCCCGUAAACCCCUUUUUUGUUUUUUCCGUCAACCGGAUCGCACCAUUCCCUUCUUCUCUCUCACCUCUUUCUUCCUCACUCACAUAGAGAUCGUAAGAUUCGAGUUUUAAGACUUCGAUCAGAAGAAUUUCGAAUCAUUUUUGCAUUUUUUUUUCGAGUUUUGGGAAUUGCAAUAAAUUUGAGGAUUUCCAAUUUUCUAGAAAACAUUCAUGCAAUUCCUACAGACAAUAAACCAAAAGAGCACCCACAAGGUUAUGGAAGCAUAGGAUUACAUCAUAGGAGAGGUUGCUUUGUUGAAAACCAUGGGGACUGAAAAUCCAGGUCGUCCAAAUUUUCCUGCGGCACCUCCGACUGCACCUUUUGCUGCUGCUCCUCCAUCUAUGACACCAUUUUCAUCAUCUGGACCUGUUGUUGGAUCAGAGGUCCCUGGCUUUAGACCUACUCCACCAGGAGUUCCUCAACCUACAAUACCUUCUAUGCCAUCUGGGCCUGCUGGUGGAUCGCAGGUCUCUGGCUUUAGACCUGCUCCUCCACCAUCAUAUAUGCCCACUGUCGGGCCCUUUCAACGUUUCCCAACUCCACAAUUUCCUUCUGCAUCUCAGGCUCCACCUGGAGGGACUGCUCCUGUUGGGCAACCUCCAUUUCAACCUCCUGCUGGUCAAGUAUUAUCACAACCUUCAUUUCGUCCGCAACCACAGGUGUCUUCAGUUCCAAUGGGGCCUCCAUCUUCAAAUGUGAACGUUCCUCAAUCUUCAUUAGAUUCAUCAUUUUUUGCUCCCAGGCCUAAUUUUCAGCCCACUUUUCCUCCAGUAGAUUCAUCUUAUCCUCCUGCCAGAGCCACUUUGCAGCCACCUUUACCUGGAUAUAUAAAACAGUUGCCUGCAGUUUCACAACCUCCCCCAAUACAGUCCCCUUUUCAAGCUCAACAAGGAAGUUAUGCACCUCCUGCACCAACACCAUCUCCCAAUUUUCCUGCUCACCAAGGAGGCUUUGGCCAGCCCCAGCCAUUAGCAGGCCCUUUUGGUGUACAUUCAAGGGACCAUAUCCAACAUCCAGGGUCCUCACCUCCCAUCGGUGGCAUCCAAGCCUUGUCAGAAGAUUUCAGCUCACUCUCUAUUGGGUCUAUUCCGGGUUCAAUUGAUCCAGGACUCGAUCCAAAAUCAUUGCCAAGGCCGUUGGAUGAUGAUGUGGAGCCAACUCCAUUGGGUGAUGUAUACUCUAUGAAUUGCGAUCCUAGAUAUCUACGGCUUACCACUAGUGCUAUACCAAAUUCUCAGUCUUUAGUUUCUAGGUGGCAUUUACCUCUUGGAGCAGUUGUUUGUCCUCUUGCAGAAGCUCCAGAUGGGGAGGAGGUGCCAGUGCUUAAUUUUGUUUCCACUGGUAUUAUUCGUUGUAGAAGAUGCCGCACAUAUGUGAAUCCAUUUGUAACGUUUACAGAUGCUGGAAGGAAGUGGCGUUGCAACAUCUGUUCUCUGCUUAACGAUGUUCCUGGUGAGUAUUUUGCUCAUUUAGAUGCCACUGGCAGAAGAGUUGAUUUGGAUCAACGACCUGAGCUUACAAAGGGUAGUGUGGAGUUUGUUGCUCCAACUGAGUAUAUGGUGCGGCCUCCAAUGCCACCAUUGUAUUUCUUUCUCAUCGAUGUUUCGAUAUCUGCAGUUAGAAGUGGGAUGAUUGAGGUUGUGGCCCAAACUAUCAAGUCUUGUUUGGAUGACUUACCUGGCUUCCCCAGAACGCAGAUUGGGUUUAUCACUUAUGACAGCACAAUACAUUUUUACAACAUGAAGUCAUCAUUGACGCAGCCUCAGAUGAUGGUGGUUUCAGAUUUGGAUGAUGUAUUUGUUCCAUUGCCUGAUGAUCUCCUUGUUAAUUUGUCUGAGUCGAGAACCGUUGUGGAGGCUUUUCUAGAUAGUUUACCGUCCAUGUUUCAGGACAAUAUGAAUGUGGAAUCUGCUUUUGGUCCAGCUUUAAAAGCAGCAUUCAUGGUUAUGAGCCAACUUGGUGGAAAAUUACUGAUUUUCCAGAAUACGAUGCCAUCUCUUGGUGUUGGCCGCUUAAAGUUGCGUGGGGAUGAUCUUCGUGUUUAUGGAACAGAUAAAGAACAUAUUUUAAGAAUGCCAGAGGAUCCAUUCUAUAAGCAAAUGGCUGCUGAUUUUACAAAGUACCAGAUAGGAGUUAAUGUAUAUGCAUUCAGUGACAAGUACAUUGAUAUAGCUUCUAUAGGUACUCUGGCUAAAUAUACUGGAGGACAAGUUUAUUAUUAUCCAAGUUUCCAAUCAGUGAAUCAUGGAGAUAAGUUGAGACAUGAAUUAGCCAGGGAUCUUACAAGGGAAACUGCCUGGGAAGCUGUCAUGCGCAUAAGAUGUGGAAAAGGGAUUCGGUUUACAUCUUAUCAUGGGAACUUUAUGCUAAGGUCCACAGAUCUAUUAGCACUUCCAGCUGUUGAUUGUGACAAAGCAUAUGCGAUGCAAUUAUCACUUGAAGAGACAUUGUUGACAACUCCCACCGUAUAUUUCCAAGUUGCUUUGUUAUACACUGCAUCAUGUGGAGAGAGGCGUAUUAGAGUACACACAGCAGCAGCUCCAGUGGUUUCGAAUUUGGGGGACAUGUACAGCCAGGCUGACACUGGUGCUAUUGUUUCUGUGUUUUGUAGGUUAGCAAUUGAAAAAACAUUGUCCCAUAAGCUGGAAGAUGCACGGAAUGCUGUACAGCUAAGAAUUGUGAAAGCUUUGAGAGAAUACCGAAAUCUCUAUGCUGUGCAGCAUCGUCUGGGAGGACGGAUGAUAUAUCCAGAGUCUCUAAAGUUGUUGCCUUUGUAUGGAUUAGCACUUUGUAAAUCAACCCCUCUCCGAGGAGGAUAUGCUGAUGUUCAGCUUGAUGAACGCUGUGCUGCGGGAUUUACAAUGAUGGCAUUACCUGUUAAGAAAUUGUUGAAACUUUUAUAUCCUAGCUUGAUUCGUCUAGAUGAUCAACUUUUGAAGCCUCUUGCCCAAGCUAACGAUGUCAAAAACAACUUAAGGAGGUUACCACUGACAACAGAGAGCUUAGAUUCUAGAGGCCUUUAUAUAUAUGAUGAUGGUUUUCGAUUUGUUUUAUGGUUUGGUAGAAUGCUUUCACCGGAUAUAGCUAUGAAUCUACUUGGGCCAGAUGCUGCGGCUGAGUUAUCAAAGGUUACACUUGGUAAACAUGAUACCGAAAUGUCAAGAAAAUUAAUGGAGAUGCUUAAGAAAUUAAGAGAGAAUGAUCCUUCAUAUUAUCAACUUUGCCACCUUGUAAGACAAGGUGAACAGCCCAGAGAAGGCUUCCUUCUCCUCAUGAACCUUCUUGAGGAUCAAAAUGGUGGUACAAAUGGUUAUACUGAUUGGAUGCUGCAAAUACAUCGACAAGUCCAGCAAAAUGCAUAACUGAGAGGAUACGAUAAUUGGCUUCCCCUUGCCCCAUUUGUAGAGUGAUCGAUAUCACAAAAAUAAUCUGAAUUGGUUGUGUGUUCCCUUCGACAUUGUUGGUGAUUGAGUUGAACUGAGUGCCAGAUAGGUUCUGAAACAACAAUUUGUUUGGCGCAUCACAUGAUUUGAAGAUUAGAGUUUAGCAAUUAGCAUUGCGCUGCAGUUCACUCGAGAAAGCAAACCAGAUCAAAUUUUGUAUUGGACAGUUAAAUAUUAUCAGCAAUUUUUAUACUUGUGCUAUAUUCUCCA